CGUACCCCGAAUCCUACCCAGGAAUAUAACCCCCUACACCCCGACUUCUGCUAUCCCUUCCUAUCCCCGAAGAAGAUGGGGAGGAGAAGUAAAAAGAACAAGAGACCGCUAAUGCUGCAGCAUGCAGCUGAUCGCAAUAAUGCAGCCAACGAC